AGAGAGAGAGAGAGAUGUCGAAAGUAAAGGUGUUGGGAUUUUGGUAUAGCCCGUUUGUGGCGAGAGUGAAAAUGGCGUUGAAAAUGAAAGGUGUGGAAUUUGAAUAUGUAGAAGAAAAUAUAAGAGCAAAGUCUGAGCUUCUUUUAGAAUCAAAUCCAAUCCACAAAAAAGUGCCAGUUUUGAUACACGAUGGGAAGGCGAUUGUGGAAACGAUGAUAAUUCUGGAAUACAUCGAUCAAACAUGGGAGGGCCCACCCAUUCUGCCUCGAGAUCCUUAUCAUAGAGCCAUGGCUCGUUUCUGGGUCAACUUCAUCGAUGAAAAGUGUCUGAAUACAAUGUUGAAAGCGUGUUGGCGGACAGGAGAGGAGCAAGAAAAGUGGAAGGAGGAAGCCAUUCUAAACUUCCAAAUUCUUGAAAAUGAAAUAAAGGGCAAAAAGUAUUUCGGAGGCGACGAGAUUAGCGUUGUAGAUCAUGCUGCCAAUUUCAUUGCGUAUUGGUUUCCACUGAUUUCAUGGGGAAGAAUGGAGCUCGUCACAGAGGAUCAAUUUCCCAAUUUAUGGAGAUGGUCCUCUCAUUACUGCAACCAUCCUUUUGUUAAGGAUAAUCUGCCGCCUAUGGAUGUCAUGAUCCCCAAAUUCAAGCCUGCUUAGUUAGAUGCAUCACUCUACUAUUUUCAUUUUUUACUCUUAUUAAACCCAAUUGCUUUACUUAUAAUGUCUCCAUUAUUAUUGUUGCUUCAACCUACAUUUCUUCUUAUUCUCAAUUAUUUCGUUUCUAGUAAAUCAUUUUUUCUCAUUA